AUGGCAGCUGAAGUGAGUCCAUCAUCAACAGGCCUGUUACUCGGCGUCGGCGGCGUUACCUUCUGCAGUUUGCCGCAAGGACCGGUCACAGGCAUCACCAUGGGUAGUUCCCCUAGCCACGGCAGCCAUAGCUCCCACGACAAGAGUUGGGACCACCCCGCGUCUGCCGCGCAAUCCCCUCCAUCAACCGACGCGUUUGCGCGUUCUCCAGCUGCGGAAACAGCAGACGAGCACGGUUCAGACACAACACCCACGCGAGGAGCCGCGGAGGCAGCGACGGCGGAAGGCGAGAGUCAGUCUGUAUGUCAGGUUCUGCGGUGGGGCCAGAAGAAGCGGUUGAGGUACGUUCGCAGUCAAAACCCUACCACCAGCAGCCCUGCUUCCCAUCCUUCCGUGCUGGCUGGCGCUCCUGUGUCGAGUAUUGCAGCGAUCUCUGCAGUCCGCGCAGUGUGUAAGGACGAGAAGAAGGGUGCGUGGGAGGAGGAGUGGAGGGAGAGCGGCGAGCGUGCGGGAGAGGAUGCAUGCCGGUUGCGGGUUGCAUGCGGGAGAGGGGCGAAGAAGGGCGGAGAAGCGUGCGAGAUGGAGGGAGCGGAGGAGAAUAAAGCAGCGGUAAACAGGAUGGAGGGAGAAUCGGUGAAGGAAGAGGCUGGACCAGCGGCGGCGGCGGCAGCUGCGGCAGCAGCGUUGCCAACAGCAGCAGAAGCAGCUGCUGUGGUUCCCAAGUUUCUCAUCAGCUUGUCGCGCGUUGAAAAGGAGGAAGAUUUCUGGGCCAUACGAGGAGGGAGGCUUCCUCUGCGGCCGAAGAAGCGAUCAAAAGCAGCGGAGAAAGGUGUCCAGCGUCUUCAACCUGGCGCUUGGCUGACUGGAGUGUGUUGCGAGCGGUAUCAAGUGAGAGAGCGGAAAUCAAAAAAGGUGUGUAGCAUGGUUCUCGAUGUGGCUUAG